GGGCCUCCGCCGGACCGGACCGGACCGAGCGCAGCCCGGCCGAGCUGCCACCACGGACCUGCCGCGGCCCUGAAUCCCAGCACAGCUGAGGCGACUGCAGGCACUUUAAAGAUGCGGGUGAGCGCAGAGGAGGAGCUGGAGAAGGACGGGCUGAGGACGUGGCCCCUCCUGCAGGUUCGGUGGCAAAUAUGAACAUUUGUCAACAUUUGACAACAGCUCCUUCUGACAUCAUGAAUCUGCUGGAAUCCGGACCGCAGAGCACUUGCAAUAGCGCUUUUUAAAUUUGAAUUUAAUUUAAAUGAAAAAAAAGUAAUCAUCUGGAUCAAUCAUCGUGAUGGCUAGCAAAAGGAAAUCCACAACUCCCUGCAUGAUACCAGUGAAAACACUGGUGCUUCAGGAGACCGAGCAGGACGCUGUGGAAGAUGAUCAUGAAGGAACACAACAAGAGGCUCCCGUGGAAGGGCCAGCGGCGAGCGAUGCUGGUGCCAGUAACAGCAGCAGUGGAGCUUUGUCCAACGGGCACCGUGGUGCUGCCGACAGCGACACUUACAUCUGCAAGUCUUGCGACUUUGGAUCCCAGGACGUUCAUCAUUUCUUCGGGCACUUGGACUCUGAGCACUCGGACUUCGGCAAAGACCCCGCGUUCGCGUGUGUGCCGUGCGGCUUCCUGGCCAACAGCCACGAGGGGCUCUCGCACCACAACGCGGAGUCGCACGGCAGCGAGACGGGCUUUGUCUGGAGGGUGGCUAAGCAGGACGGCCGUACCACCGUGGAGCAGAGUCUCUGUGAGGCCACCAGCAGCCACGACCUCCCGGGAGAGGUUCCUGAAGAAGGGGCAGACGGCCAGUCUGAAAUCAUCAUUACCAAAACCCCCAUCAUGAAGAUAAUGAAAGGUAAACCCGAGGCCAAAAAAAUCCACACGCUGAAGGAGAGUGUGUCAAGUCAGUUGGGCGGUGAGUCAGAGGUGAAGGAUGGGGAGCAUUCGUUCCCAAACGGGUCCGUGCCAGUCAAUCAGCCCACUGCAAGUUCAACAAAGUCAUCCCACAUAGUGAAUGGCUCCAUCAUAGGAAACGUGCCCGUUCUGCAGGCAGGGGUUGCACAACUUGUGUCGCUGCAGCAGCAACCCCCGUUGCAUCAGCAGCUGCCUACAUCCAAGUCCCUUCCCAAGGUGAUGAUUCCCCUGAGCAGCAUUCCAACGUACAAUGCCGCCAUGGACUCCAACAGCUUCCUGAAAAACUCUUUCCACAAGUUUCCCUAUCCCACCAAAGCUGAGCUCUGCUACUUGACUGUGGUGACCAAGUACCCAGAAGAGCAGCUGAAGAUCUGGUUCACUGCACAGAGGCUGAAGCAGGGCAUCAGCUGGUCACCGGAGGAGAUCGAAGAUGCCAGGAAGAAGAUGUUCAACACUGUUAUUCAGUCCGUGCCACAACCCACCAUUACAGUUUUGAACACCCCGCUGGUUGCAAAUCCCGGGAGUGUCCCCCAUCUUAUCCAGGCAACGUUACCAGGCCACGUGGUGGGGCAGCCAGAGGGGACGGGGGGGCUGCUGGUCACGCAGCCCAUCAUGGCAAAUGGGUUGAAGGGCACCAGCUCCUCCUUCACCUUGGCAGUGACUUCUGUCCCCAAGCCGCAGCCGGCGGCUCAGCACAGCACCGUGAGCUCCAGCAGCGCCUCGGGGGUGAAGGUGGUCAACAGCGCCCAGUCGCUGCUCACCGCCUGCCCUGCCAUCUCCUCGCAGACCUUCCUGGAUCCCAAUGUCUACAAAAACAAGAAGUCCCACGAGCAGCUCUCAGCCCUUAAAGGCAGCUUCUGCAGAAACCAGUUCCCUGGUCAGGCUGAAGUGGAGCGGCUGACAAAGAUCACGGGCUUGUCCACCAAGGAGAUUCGAAAAUGGUUCAGCGAUAGGAGGUACCACUACAGGAACGUGAGAGGCGGCCGGGCCGUCUUCCCUGGAGACAGUGCUCUUGAUUCUCUGCCCGAAAUCACCUUCGAUGUCCCGCCCAGAGGAGCUGAGCUGAGCCCCGCGGCGGCGGCUGCCACGCCGGCCCCUCAGCACCCGCCGCGACGGCAGUUGUGGCACCAGGCGCCCGACUUCACCCCAACCAAAUACAAGGAGCGGGCACCGGAGCAGCUGAAGGCCCUAGAGAGCAGUUUUGCCCAAAAUCCUCUUCCUGCAGAGGAAGAGGUGAACCGCCUGAGGGGGGAAACAAAGAUGACACGGAGGGAAAUCGACAGCUGGUUCUCGGAGAGGAGGAAGAAGAAGGUGGCGGAGGAAAACAAGAAAGUGGAAGAGGCGACUCAGCAGGAAGAGGAGGAGGCAGAGAAUGGCGGCGGGGAAGGGGAGGACUCCUCGGAUGAGCAGAGGGCUGCGAGUGAAAACGGCUCAGUCGACGCCUCCGGCAACAACAUGAACUCAGCAGAGCGGAAGGUGAGUCCCAUCAAAAUCAACCUGAAGAACCUGCGAGUGACCGAGUCCAACGGCAAAAACGAGGUACCGGGGACCGGCGCAAACGAGAAGGGGGAAGGCAGCUCCAGCCGGCCGCCCACCCCUCCCAAAACCAAACUGAACUUCAAAAAAACGGCCCAGCAGCGGCAUCUGCUGAAGCAAAUGUUCGUGCAGACCCAGCGUCCCACGAACCAGGAGUAUGACGCCAUCGUGUCCCAGACGGGCCUGCCGCGGGCCGAGGUCAUUCGCUGGUUCGGGGACAGCCGGUACGGCUACAAGAACGGGCAGCUCAAGUGGUAUGAGAACUACCGGCGGGGGGUCUUCCCCCCGGGGCUGGUGGAGGUCAGCCCUGCCAGCAGGGAGGUGCUGGAGGACUACUACGAGAAGCACAAGGGGCUGCGGGAGGAGGACGUGCCCGGCCUGUGCGAGCGCUCCCGCCUCGGCGCCCAGCAGCUCAAGGUGUGGUUUGCCAUGAAGGCAGAGGAGGAAGGCAGGGGCUCUGGCUCGGAGGAGGCCUGUGCCGGCAGGGCCGCGGGGAGCCGCAAAGGGCCGAGCGAAGCCGGCGCGGAGGCGUCGGAGAGCAGCGAGGCGUGGGAGCCGGUCGGGCCGGAGGGCAGCGCAGGGACCCCCGACGCCCCCGGCCCGCCGCCCGCCACGCGGCUGGAAACAGAGUGAACUGAAACCACCAGCCCUGGAGGAUCCGCUCUUACCCUCGAGAAGAAAUUUGUGAUCUUUAAGCAACCCAUGGGCCGGCCUGAUCCAAACCUGGGGAGCAGGACGUGGUGAUGAAGCACUGCCAUAAAUGAGACCUUUGGGCACAGCACACGAGACAGCACGUGCACAGACUGGGCCCUCGGUGCCGAGCUCUCAUGGCCCAGCCGGGGACUCGGCCGAGGGCUGCCCGAGGCGGGGGCUCGGCUCACACCCGGGAAAUAGGAUGCUCCUGUUUGCUUUCCAGUGACAGACUUUCAGAUUUCAUAUUCAUAUACCGAUGCCUACAGCUGCCUAUACAAGCAUAACGAAUCUCAGACAUUGUGUAUACAAGGUCGUUGCUUAGA